CACCCGAACGUGCGCGCGUUCAUCUCGCACGCGGGCAUGCUGAGCUCGCACGAGUCCACGUGGCGCGGGGUGCCCAUCGUGGCCAUCCCGUUCAUCGUGGACCAGUACCUCAACGCCGCGCGCCUGCAGGGGCUGGGCGUGGCGGAGAAGCUGGACUACGCGGCGCUCAGCAAGGAGAGCGUGCUGGCCGCGCUCACUAAAAUGCUCGGGGAUCCCAGGCAGAUACGAGGAGUACAGAGGCCGCGCCCGCCGCUGGAGACGGCCGUCUUCUGGGUGGAGCACGUGCUGCGCCACCGCGGCGCCCCGCGCAUGCGCGCGCCCACCGCCGACAUCCCGUGGUACGAGCUGAUGCUGCUAGAUGUCGCCGCCUUCGUGCUGCUGGUCGUCGCAGCGCUCGUUGCGGUGACAGUCGUCUGCGCUAGGGGCGUCAGGAGGAAAAUCGGUGGCGGCAAGAAGAAGACGGAGUGA